AUGCCGCGGGUCGAGCCGGAGCCAGUUGAAAAUUCCUUCACCAUAGUCGACUCUCUGCAUGACCGGGAGGAUCAGUCGCCAGGAUCUUCUCUCUCCGCACCCAUCAUUGAGAACUCCACCCUGGUCCAAAAUCUCUAUGAGGGUCCUAAGAAAUGUCGCUGCUGCGUCAAUUGGGUCGAUCAGCUCCCGGCGAAGGCGGAGCCCGACGAAGAAGAGCCUGCUGAGGAAGAAGAGAAAACCCCAAUUGUAAUUCGCUAUUCGGUCACACGUGGUGAAGACACAUCCCGAGUCUCGAUUCAUUCCAUUGAAAUCCAAGACUCGGCAACAAGGGAGGCCCUCUUUCCCGUCUUUGAAGGCUUCGAUAACAUCCAUCCCAGCAUCAACUAUCUGGUCUUCCACGCCCCAUUCAAGCCCUUCUUCUACCGCUGGGAAAAGUUCGAAGCAGCCAUUGAAUCGUGCGAGGUGCCUCGAACCAAGGAAAUCUUGACCCAGCUCCGCUCUGUCGUCAGAGCUGACCUGGCGGAAGCUUUUGCUGUGAAGAAGGAGCUCGUCGCCAACGGCCUCAUUAGCUUCCCCUACCUGUGGAUCAUCUUUCAACCAGGCGAGCUGGUGUGCCAAGACGGUGGCCCUGGCAAUGAAAGGUUUUACUACCUGGAAUCUACCGAGGAUCUUACCAGACAGUCAGAGUUCCGUCUUUUCACCCAGGCCGUGGAGUAUGAUGGUUUUCGAUACGGCUUAUGGGCCUCGGACUUCUCCAUUUAUUCGUUCGCCGGUACUCGGAAAAUUACUCGCUUGAAUGUUUUCCCCGCCCAAUUCAUCGACGAUUUUGAAAAGGUCAGGGAGGCUGUGAUUGAACGUGGGCGGAAGUUUUGCUCUCUGACUGGUGUUCACUACAAAGAGUAUCCUGACGACGCUUCGGGCUCCCAAGCGGGCGAUGGUAAGAGGCAAUAUCGCCGUGUCAUGAUCGAUCCAAUGGGAAGUCAGGACGCAAGGCGCAUGCUUCACUUCCUCCGGCUAAAGGAGGACAUGGUCUGCGAGACGACUCUGAUCACUCAAGUACCGGUUGAUAUCCCGCCUGUUGGCGGACAUAAGUCUCUUGAGAGAUCGCGUUGGCGCUCGACUUCGCCGGAUCGUGAUUCGUAUCGUGAUAGGCAGUACGAGGAUGACCCACCCCGACGGGUAAGAAGGAUCCAACCCAGGCCGCGUUCUCGAUCGGAGACCCCGCCGCCCCGUGUUGUCCCUCUGUUUAAGGAUGCCGACGACGAGCCUCUCAGCGAAUUCCAUCUCCAGAUUUGCACCACUCACGUGCCGGGGUUUUGCCUGAAGAAGAGGCGAUGGGAAUCUUUCCACAUCAACAAAGUUCGAGAUAUCGAAUGGAAUCCCGACCCGUUCAAUACCCUCGUUCUCCCGGAUGGUUACAAGGACCUAAUACUUUCAUUUGUGGAAAGCCACAUCGACGGCGAUGAAUCAUUCGGUGACGUUAUUCAAGGAAAAGGUAGCGGCCUUGUGGCUCUGCUCACCGGUCCACCAGGAGUGGGCAAAACGCUCACGGCCGAAUCAGUCGCCGAAACCCUUCGCGUUCCGCUCUACAUCCUUGACCUCGGUCAAAGCAUUGUAGAGCUGGACGAGGAGCGAUACCCCUCGCCGAGAGGCAUCGACAAAUCUCGGAUUAAGCUCUCGGAAGCGUUCAGGCUCGCUGCCCGGUGGAAGGCACUCCUCCUCGUGGAUGAAUGUGAUCUGUAUCUGGAGCCACGAAACGAGUCAAGUCCUCUUCGUAACCGUGUUGUGACAAAAUUCCUCCACGAAAUCGAAUACUCUUCGUCACUGCUUUUCUUGACGACGAACCGUCCAGAUGCGCUUGACCCAGCCUUGGCAUCUCGCAUACAUCUGACAGUUACCUACCCCCCGUUGGACCGAGUUACCCGUCGAACGAUCUGGGAGACCUUCCUCUCACACAAUGGAUGUCCAAGACUGCAGCCCUCGGCGCUUGAUGCGCUAGCCAAUGUGCCCUUGAACGGGCGCAGAAUUCGGAACGUGGUGAGAGCCGCAGCUAUUAUGGCUGGUAGAAACAAGAGGAGCAUUGAGUUUAGGGACAUCAAGACGGUUCUCCAGAUUACGGAGGGUAAGAUCGUUGAGGAAAGCAGAGGGGAUGACUGA